CUGUACAUAAGUGCCACUAAGAGAAUUCUACUACGCAACGCACGCUAAUUUGACUUUAUCAUUUCUAGUAAGGCAAGCAAAAUGGAAAGCGGUUAUAUAGCGUGUGUUUUACUUCUGUUGAAUCCGACUCUGGGGUUUAUUUUGAAUUCCAAUGACGGACCAGUGAUGGGGUUCGCCGAACCUCUGAUGAUUGCGCAACUUGAAGAGAGUGGCUGGAACCUGGUGUUUAGAGGAACUUCCGGUAACGGUCACAACACACUUGAUGCUUGGAUGAAUGGCGUUGGUACGUCGAGCACAAAACCGAUGGACAUGUCACGGUCCUACGACAGCCACUUCCGGGACAAUUAUGCCGUCACUCACUGGGCGUCCCUCGGCGUUAAAUACGUCAAGUUCGCCCUGUACAAACAGUCGCGCGAGGUCGUGAACAUCGUGUUUAACGGAACAGGAUCGGAUAUGACGUCAUGGUUCGCGCAACAGCGGGUGCUGGUCUCCAGCUACUCAGACAUUACGCCAACAAACACAUACAACUUCUUCUCAAUCCAAGGCCACAUUGACGUCCAGCAUGUCGUACGGACGUUCUUCAUCAACCAGAUUUACCACGGCUGUGACGGCGACGUCGGAAACGUUGUGGUACUGGAGCGUGACGGCGACUGCAACUGGGACCAUCAGCCGCGCUACCCACAAUUCCUCUACUCCGACCUGAACGCCGCAGAAAACUGGAACCAACGGAUGUUCGGACGAGCCGACUAUCUGGCCAUUUUCGUCUACACUGGACAGUGAAUGACUUGAAAUACUGAAUUCACGUAAAACCGUAAACUUGAUUUCAUUCGAAAAAAGCAAUUACUUCGUA